AUGGCCGAAGAUGUCUCUGCUCGCGAUUGCAUCGAUUCGACCAUUCCAGUAUUUCCAGUUGCACGAUUCCCCAGGAAGGUGCUGGAUAGGUUUUUUAAGCAAGCAAAUGCAGCGUGCAGACGAUGCGAGUAUGAGGAGCCUCAAUCGACCCUGAUGCUAUCUCGAGACAUCUCCUUGAUCAAAUCAAGAACAGAAGCUCCAGUAGACGACGGUCUUCUCGGAACUUGGCCAUUCGAAAGGUUUAGUGUCCAGCAAAUUAUCGAUUUUGCUAUCCAACAUCUGAACAACACAGACCUAUCUCCGACGAAGAUGCUUGUUCUGGAUGAUAUUACGUAUCAAAGCAACACAUGCGUGUUGCUAUCCAAAAAUACACUUACCGAUGAUCCGCAAAGCUACAUACAGGUAUGCUCGGAUUUUGAGUCUUCGUUAGUGGUUCUGAAAACCAUUGAGACUGGCUGUGGUGAUGCCGAUUCGCAAUUAGAUACUCAAUACCCUGGCUCCGAUGGCGUGUUGAGGAUCUCGGUGCGAGAUAGACUCUGA